GCGGUGGCGGCGGCGGCGUCAUGGCGGAGGCGGCUUUGGACGCUGUGCGCAGGGAGUUACGAGAAUUCCCGGCUGCGGUAAGGGAGCUCAGCGUGCCUCUUGCUGUUCCCCACCUGGAUGAGCCCCCCAGUCCCCUCCACUUCUACCGGGACUGGGUCUGCCCCAACAGGCCCUGCAUCAUCCGAAAUGCCCUGCAGCACUGGCCAGCCCUCCGGAAGUGGUCCCUCCCCUACCUCAGGGCCACCGUGGGCUCCACAGAGGUGAGUGUGGCAGUGACCCCAGAUGGCUACGCGGAUGCCGUGCGAGGGGACCGCUUUGUGAUGCCUGCUGAGCGCCGCCUGCCCCUGAGCCACGUGCUGGACGUACUGGAGGGCCGAGCCCGACACCCUGGGGUUCUCUACGUGCAGAAGCAGUGCUCCAACCUGCCCACCGAGCUGCCCCAGCUGCUGCCUGAUGUGGAGCCCCACGUGCCCUGGGCCUCUGAGGCGCUGGGGAAGAUGCCUGAUGCUGUGAACUUCUGGCUGGGAGAGGCAGCUGCAGUGACAUCGUUGCAUAAGGACCAUUAUGAGAACCUCUACUGUGUGGUCUCAGGAGAGAAACGCUUCCUGCUGCAUCCACCCAGUGACCGGCCCUUCAUCCCCUAUGAACUGUAUACACAGGCAACCUACCAGCUAACUGAAGAGGGCUCAUUCAAGAUGGUGGAUGAAGAGGCCAUGGAGAAGGCAAAGGUGCCUGGGACCUGCUUACUCACCAUUCGUGUCCUGCAGGCUCGUGGCCUGCCCUCCAAGGACCUCGUGACCGCCUCUGACUGCUACGUGACCCUGUGGCUGCCCACGGCCUCCAGCCACCAGCUGCAAACGCGCACAGUCAAGAACUGCAGAAACCCCGUCUGGAAUCAAAGCUUCCACUUCCGAAUCCAUAGCCAGAUCAAGAACAUCGUGCAUCUUAGAGUCUUUGACCAGGACCUUCUGACCACGGAUGACCCUGUGUUGUCAGUGCUGUUUGAUGUGGGGACCUUGCGGGCUGGGGAGUCCCGGCGCGAGAGCUUCUCGCUGAGCCCUCAGUCAGAGGGCAGAGUUCAGCUUGUGGUUCACGGGUCCUGUGAGGGUCCACAGGAGGCCUCUGUGGGCGCCGGCUCCUUCCGCUUCCAUUGGCCGGCCUGCUGGGAGCAGGAGCUGAGUAUUCACCUGCAGGAUGCCCCCCAGGAGCAGCUGAAGGUGCCCCUGAGGGCCCUGCCUUCUGGCCAAGUGGUGCGACUCGUCUUCCCUACAUCCCAGGAGCCCCUGAUGAAAGUGGAGCUGAAAAAUGAAGAAGGACCCAGGGAACUGGCUGUGCGGCUGGGCUGCGGGCCCUGUGCUGAGGAGCAGGCCUUCCUGAGCAGGAGGAAGCAGGUGGUGGCCAAGGCCCUGCAGCAGGCCCUGCAGCUGGAUGGAGACCUGCGGGAAGAUGAGAUCCCAGUGGUUGCUGUUAUGGCCACCGGUGGUGGUAUCCGGGCCAUGACCUCACUGUAUGGGCAGCUGGCUGGCCUAAAGGCGCUUGGCCUCUUGGAUUGUGUCUCCUACAUCACGGGGGCCUCGGGCUCCACAUGGGCUUUGGCCAACCUCUACGAGGAUCCAGAGUGGUCUCAGAAGGACCUGGCAGGGCCCAUCGAGUCACUGAAGACCCAGGUGACCAAGAACAAGCUGGGCGUGCUAGCCCCCGGGAAGCUACUGCGGUACCAGCAGGAGCUGGCUGAGCGCGCCCGCCUGGGCCACCCGACCUGCUUCACCAACCUGUGGGCCCUCAUCAAUGAGGCGCUGCUACAUGAUGAGCCUCAUGACCACAAGCUCUCAGACCAGCGGGAGGCCCUGAGUCGAGGCCAGAACCCCAUGCCCAUCUACUGUGCUCUCAACACCAAGGAGCAGAAUCUGACCACCUUUGAAUUUGGGGAGUGGUGUGAGUUCUCCCCCUACGAGGUCGGCUUUCCCAAGUAUGGCGCCUUCAUCCCCCCCGAGCUCUUUGGCUCUGAGUUCUUCAUGGGGCGCCUGACAAAACAGCUUCCUGAGUCCCGCAUCUGUUUCCUGGAAGGUAUCUGGAGCAACCUGUAUGCAGCCAACCUCCAGGACAGCCUGUACUGGUCAUCCGAGCCCAGCCAGUUCUGGGACCGCUGGGCACAAGCUCGGGUCAGCCUGGACAAGGAGCAGGUCCCCCUUCUGAAGAUACAAGAGCCUCCCACGGUGGCUGGCAGGAUAGCAGAGGUUUUCACUGACCUUUUGACGCGGCGUCCACUUGCCCAGGCCACCCACAAUUUCCUACGUGGCUUCUCCUUCCACAAGGACUAUUUUCAGCAUCCUCACUUUGUUGCCUGGAAAGCUACCAAGCUGGACGGCCUCCCCAACGAGCUGACACCUGCAGAGCCCUACCUUUGCUUACUGGAUGUUGGCUACCUUGUCAAUACCAGCUGCCCACCCCUCCUGCCGCCCACACGGGACGUGGACCUCAUCCUGUCGCUAGAUUACAAUCUCCAUGGAGCCUUCCAGCAGCUGCAGCUUCUGGGUCGGUUCUGCCAGGAGCAGGGCAUCCCGUUCCCGCCCAUCUCACCCAGCCCUGAGGAGCAGCGCCAGCCCCAAGAGUGCCACCUCUUCUCGGACCCCACCCGCCCCGACAUCCCUGCCGUGUUGCACUUCCCUCUGGUCAACGCCUCCUUCAGGGACCACUCUGCCCCCGGGGUCCGGCGGACAGCUGAGGAGCAGGCAGCUGGGGAGGUGAACUUAUCUGCAUCCGACUCUCCCUACCACUACUCGAAGGUAACCUACAGCCUGGAAGAUGUGGACAAGCUGCUCCGCCUGACGCAGUACAACAUUUGCAACAACCAGGAGCGGCUGCUGGAGGCCCUGCGUGAGGCUGUGCAGAGGCGGAGGCAGCGCACACAGCGCCGGCCCGAGUGAUGGGCGGGAAGGGGCCACGUCCGGCCCCACGGCCCCCGACUCUCUUUAAGGCUCACUUCUUGGCUGCCUUGCUACUCUGGUUGAGUUGGGGUGGUCACCAGCUUCCACAACCUCUAGCGGUUUGGACAGCCCAGUUGUGGUCUCCAGCCCUCCGAGGGGCUCACCAGGGUGCACUGCUUGGCACUAUCCAGACACUGAAUUCACCAGCACCCCUGCUGUGGACACCCUGGGGUAGGUGGAGGGUUUUAAACAGGGGCUAUGGCCUGGUCUGCAGGAUGUGGCCAGAGAAGAUUCAGAGGUUCUGGGCAGUGUGGGCCAUAUUUGUGUAAGCACACGGAGCCCCAUGACCUGUGUGUCCUUUUGCUUCCUUGCUACCUCGAGUAGCUGUACAGGGUGAAAUAGAGCACUUUACGUAUCACAGAGACGCAUACAAACAAGAGGUGUGACAGAUUACUGUUACUGCUGCCAAAAAGGGACAGGUCAUUCCCCCUCUUGGUUAGGCAUGGUAAGGAUGGGUGUAGAAAACAAAACCUCUCCCGCGGCGCCUUGCAGAGCAGGCUGUGAGCUCAUGGCCGUGUCUGCUCCACCCAAGCUCACUCUCUUCAAGCAGAGAGGAGGCCAUAUUGCUGCUGCAGCCCUGGCCCUGCCCAGAUGACUCACAGGUAAUGCCAGCCAGCACCCCAUCCUCCUCACCCGGGGACUCAGUCGAAGGGCUGCUUCCUGUCCCACAGUAGGGGCGACCAGACGUGGGACCAGAUGAGCCAGAUAGACAGUGCUAAGGGUGUGACUUCAGCAGGCUCUGACCUUGGUGGGGCCCAUCUCCGGAUGAGGAGCCAGCUAGUCCAGAAGUUUGUCC